AUGUUUUCCAGAGGUGCUAUUCGUCUCCUACCUACAAGAAAUAAGUCACUCUUUAACUUGCUCAUUUAUGGUGUUAGAAAUUAUUCAAGUUUCCUUAAAGAUGCUAGGUUUCAUAAUCCCUGCGUUUUAACUAGAAGGUCUUUUCACACCACCGGCCGACUAAAGGUAGCCAAGUUAUUAUCCCUCGAUGAAAUGUUCUCGAGGAGGUCCCUUUUGGACUACCUGAAAAAGAUGGACUUGGAGUACAGCGACUGUUUGACAGUGGUCAACAGCGAUGACCAGAGCAGAGAGGAAGAGCUGAGGGCCAAAAGAACCAAAUUGUCCCUGCUGGCACCCCUUAUCCAGACCAUCAGGGAGCUGGAUGUCAAGCAGAAGGAGAUGAUUGAGACUGAGGCACUUCUAAAGGAUGAAGAUUUGCGAGAACUGGCCGAGCAGGAGAGGGAAGCCUUGAAUCGAGCCAUUGAGGACCUGAGGCGGAAGAUAUUAGAUCUACUGAUCACAGAGGAGGAGGACGAUUUGAGCGAACUCGUGCUGGAAGUGACGGCAGGAGUCGGCGGGCAGGAAGCCAUGCUGUUCACCGCAGAGCUGUUCGACAUGUACGAGGGCUUCGCUCAGCACAACGGCUGGUCCUUUGACGUCCUGGAACACAUGAACAGUGACUUAGGCGGGCUGCGUCAUGCCUCGGCGAGCAUCAGCGGCCAUCACAGUUACAAGAGGAUGAAGUUCGAAGGCGGCGUUCACCGUGUCCAGCGUGUCCCCAAGACGGAAAAGCAGGGCCGCAUGCACACGAGCACCAUGACUGUGGCCGUGUUGCCUCAACCCACUGAGAUCUCCUUCACGAUCAACCCGAAGGACCUGAGGAUCGAAACCAAGCGGGCCAGCGGCGCUGGGGGUCAACACGUCAACACCACGGACAGCGCCGUCAGAAUAGUGCACCUGCCCACUGGUGUUGUGGCAGAAUGUCAGCAGGAGCGGUCUCAACUAAAGAACAAGGAGAAGGCCAUGAAAGCACUGCGAGCCAAACUCUAUGGCAUGAAGCUCGAAGAGGAGACUAGCAAGCGCUAUAAUCAGCGCAAAGUACAGAUUGGUACCAAAGGCCGAUCCGAGAAGAUCCGCACGUACAACUUCGCCCAAGAUCGCAUCACCGACCACCGGAUCGGUUUGACGCUGUAUGACGUCAAGACGUUCCUGCUCGGCGAAGAUCUGUUGGAUGAGAUGAACUCCUCAUUGCAGGAGUUCUCCUACCAGGAGGAGCUCAUGGAACUUCUGGGGGAAAAUGACGACAAUAAAGGAUGA